GAAAAGGGUCUCAGAUUACCUACGAGCAAUCAAGCAAAGUUUUGCUCCACAUAGCGUGAAAGUCGUCAUGGAUAGAAGUUGGGAUCCUCAUCUUCAGAGAAUUGCGAAUGGUACAAUUGGCAAUACAUCUGAUGGUGUGCCUCAUCAUGGAGAUGGAAAAGAUGCAGGAUUUUCCACAAACUUCUUCAUAGGUAAGGACUCUCAACAGUUACCUCCAGGACCAGGAUUCACCUUCGGACCAUCUCCAAUGCAGCAUAAUCAACAAGUAUCUGGUCCAUACGGUCAGGAUGUGGAUGUGCGAGGUCGUUAUAACAACACAGGAGGACAUAACCAAUCUUCUGGAUAUCUGAUGGCACCAAGAGAGGAACCGCCUACUGCGGGAUUUACUUUUGCUCCGGCACCAAGGCAACCUGGGCAAAGGAUGUCACCUCUUGGUCAAAAUACAGAUGUGCGAGCUUCGUAUGAUCUUCCGGUUCAUGAUCCACUCCAGGGGUACUUGAGUCGUCCUUCAUUUGAGUUAUCUCAACCUAUGCAAAGACUCGCUCCACAUUCUACUGCUGGUAUUGGUAAUGGGCAAGGCCGCUUAUCUCUCCCUAGAUUUUCUUCUCAUGUUGGCGGUCAAGCACAAUCCAAGGCUCGUGAACGAAAAGAACCUAGGGUUCUGACCAGUACAGAUGAUCACUUCAAACAGCAGAUCUUGCAGGAUAUCGAGCUGAAACCCAAGCCGAGAAAUAUACCAGCACGUCUUUCGAAUUCCGGUGUUGGUGAAGGGCAGAGUCCUCUAACUCAGCUUGCCAACAAUAUGAUCUCGCAGACAUCAAUGCUGAUGCCUCGAGCUUUGGGACUGAGUCCUUCGAAGCAGAACAUUUUUCAGAGUCAAUUGGAGAGACCGCUGCAGUUUCAGCAAAAGAACCAACAGGUUUCUACACCACCGUCUACUAGAAUGGACUUGGGUGCCUUCGCCUAUAAACCUCCUGAACGAAUGAAUACAACCUUAAAUUCUUCUCCUUUGCAACUUCCAGUGUCGAGUCCUAGUGCUAGAGUUAGUUCACGUCGAAAUUCGAAUCGACGUUUACCUCCACACAAUACAAAAGAAACAGGGCAGGGUUUCGAACACCAGUAUACGGCUCCACAUACACCUCAUAAUCAGGCUUCACCCAGUAACAGAUAUGCUCUAUCAUCGACAGCCUCUCAAGCACAGGAGAUGGGCCGUGGUGUAGAGACUUUCGGUUUCUCGCCCGCUAAGACAUAUCCUGGUAGUGUUGGACAAUUUAAGAAUGACCAUCAGAUUAUCCCUUUUGGGAAUGGCCCGCCAAAGGCACAUGGAAUUCAGCUGGUAUCCCCUCACGAACUUCCAGAUCGAUUUCGUCAAGUAUUUCCGUACGAACUUUUCAAUGCUGUACAGUCCAAAUGUUUUGCACAAAUCUAUAAGACCAAUAAUAACAUUGUUAUCUCUGCUCCUACUGGAAGUGGUAAAACGGCUCUUCUAGAACUUGCCAUUUGUAAGCUAGUCGAAAGCUAUGGUUCAGGACAGUUCAAGAUCGUUUAUCAAGCACCGAUUAAAUCUCUCUGUUCGGAACGUAUGAGGGAUUGGACCAAGAAGUUUAGUCAUUUGAAUUUACCUGUUGCGGAACUUACUGGUGAUACUAGCAAUGCCGAAAUGAGUCGAGUAGGGAACGCAUCGAUCAUCAUUACCACACCUGAGAAAUGGGAUAGUAUUACGCGAAAAUGGACAGAUUAUCAAAAGCUUUUGCAGUUGGUGAAGCUUUUCUUGAUUGAUGAGGUCCAUAUCCUUAAGGAUGCGAGAGGAGCUACUCUUGAAGCUGUAGUUUCUCGGAUGCAUUCUAUCGGCGCUAGUGUUCGGUUUGUUGCUUUGAGUGCUACUGUUCCUAAUGCACAUGAUAUUGCCACUUGGCUUGGAAGAGAUUCAAGUAGUCGACAAUUACCUGCUCAUCGAGAAACAUUCGGCGAAGAAUUCAGACCUGUCAAGUUACAGAAACAUGUGCAUGGAUACGAGAGCCGUGCAAAUGACUUUGCUUUUGAGAAAAUCCUUGAUGGCAAGUUACCGGCUUUAAUUCAGAAAUAUUCUUGUAAGAAGCCUAUUAUGAUCUUUUGUUUCACUAGAAAAUCGUGUGAAGUUACAGCAACUAUUCUUGCGGAACAUUGGACUCGACAAAGGGUUGUCGACCGCGCUUGGCCAACUCCAACUACCAGAACAGUUGUAGGAAGUAAAGAUCUACAAGAGUUGGUUGGAUGUGGUGUCGCUUAUCAUCAUGCAGGCCUUGAUGCGCAGGAUAGAUGUGCUAUUGAGACAGCAUAUCUGAAAGGAGAUAUUAGUGUAAUCUGUUGUACCUCGACAUUAGCUGUUGGAGUCAAUCUACCUUGUCAUCUUGUGGUUCUGAAGGGUACAGUUUGCUUUCAAGAUAGUGGUCUUGUCGAAUAUUCUGACCUCGAGGUUAUGCAAAUGUUAGGUCGUGCUGGAAGACCUCAAUUUGACGAUAGUGCUAUUGCAAUUAUCAUGACUCGAAUGGAUAAGGCAGAUCGAUACAAAAAGAUGAUUUCCGGUCAGGAUAUCUUGGAGAGUACGCUACACUUGAACCUCAUUGAACAUCUCAACUCAGAAAUCGGACUUCGUACCAUCAAGACUGCUUACGAAGCCAAAGUUUGGUUAGGAGGGACAUUUUUGAGUGUUAGGAUGAGACAGAAUCCUAAGUAUUACAAGUUUUCUGGGGUUGCUCCUAGUAGAGAUGCCGACGAACAACUCGAAUUGGUGUGCGAGAGAGAUAUCAAACUUCUUCAAGAAUACGAGCUAGUCACAAAAGAGGAAAAUUUCUCGUGCACAGAUUAUGGUGCUGCUAUGAGCCGAUACAUGGUCCAGUUCGAGACGAUGAAAUUAUUAUUGAGUAUUCCUCGUCAUUCGAAGACGGAAGUAAUCUUGAAUACCAUAUGCCAAGCAGCAGAAUUCAAAGACCUCCGAAUGAAACCAAAUGAACGAUCAAGUCUUCGAGAAUUUAACAAAUCUCCCAUGAUGAAGUUUCCAAUCAAGGAGAACAUAUCAACAACAGGUCAUAAAAUCUUUCUCAUGAUUCAAGUACAGCUUGGUGGCAUUGAACCAUUAACAAAUAACGACUUUCGAGUUAUCAGUCGACAGUUCGCAAUGGAGACUAAUAUCAUACUGGAACGAUUUCAACGCUUGAUUCGAUGCGUUAUUGAUUGUAAAGCUGUGGAUUGUGAUUCGAUCUCUGUACGCUGUGCUCUUGAUCUUUCUAGGAGUGUUGCAGCGAAUUACUGGGAAAACUCAUCUUUACAGUUGAGGCAAGUUCCCCAAAUAGGACCAGCAUCUCUACGUAAAUUAGCUGGGAAUAACGUCAAUACUAUAGAGAAGCUUUCUGGGCUUGAUACAGCAGGGGUUGAGAGAGUUAUGGGCAAAAAUCCUCCAUUUGGGAAAAAGAUGAAGGACAUUUUGAUUGAGUUCCCUCAAUUGACUCUCACAGCUCAAAUUGUUGGAAGAGCUUUUUCAAAACAGGGAGAGCAACCAAAGGUUAAAGUCAAUGCCGUACUUGGUUAUUCAAAUCCCAAAAUACCCAACUGGUCGGGUAGAAUACCUUCAAUUACCUUCAUAGCCGAAACAUCCUCUGGCACUUUGGUAUUUUUCUGGCGUAUGAACAUCAAAAAAUUGUCGAAUGGUGGCUCUAAACAAGAGUUUACUGUUGAGCUUUCGUCACCAGAUGACGAGAUCAAGUGUUGGCUUGCGUGCGAUGAGAUUGUUGGCACUCUAAAAUCUUGUGUUUUACAGCACCACGUUCCCGCAUCUGAGUUUCCUCCUCCGAAAGCUAUGAUUGAACGACCGAGCAUAAAGAGAUCAAAGGCUCAAGAGCUGGGAAUUUGUGAUGAAUUCGAUGAUGGUAUUGAUGAAGAUGCUAUGCUCGCAGUAGCCAAGCAAAUUGAAGGUGGACGUCGAGCUUCUAGUGAUUAUGGUUCGGAUGCUUUCAUUGAUAUUGAUACAGUUGGUCUAGACAAUUCUAAAGAGAAUAAGAAAUUCAAUGAAGAAGUCGUUGAAUUAGAGCCCGUGAAGAUGGAAAAUGGGAAAUGGGCUUGUAAUCAUCAUUGUCGUGAUGGAAAUACUUUGAAAAAUGGUCAAAUCUGUAAGCAUAGGUGUUGUAGGGAGGGUUUGGAUAAACCUAGAAAGGUUACGAGAAAGAAGUCUUCCACAGGAAUUACCGGAGAUCAAGGUUCGAAGAUUGAUGAUAAUAUUAAGGGAAGUGUGACCAAGCCCAGCAUGAGUAAUCCUCAACCUCCCGGUACGAAACAGCUCUCGAAAUUGACCAAGAAACCUAAGCUUAUGCAAUCAUCGGGUCCAAGUUCGGAUCAAGACAUUGUUGAAGUAGUCGACCUUUCGAGAACUUUGCUUCCAGUAACAUAUCCCGACGUCGCUCCAAGAGAUUAUCGUAAAUUGCAUAAUUUGCAUACAAGUAUUCAAAAAGAUACAUCUGUUCGACUUCCGAAAGGCCAGCCCAGAUUCUCUUAUGCAAGUGGAAAAAUGCCAAAUUUUUCAUUCAUGUAUAAUGAUGGCUCUAAGAAUGAUGAAAAAGAUGAACCGGAACAUUUUGAUUCUGAUGAGUAUGAAUUCCCUUCCCCUUCUGCUCUUUUAAGCAGUGAAAAGCAAGCGUCCAAAGGUGUCUCUAUUUCUGCAACUCAGUUACCACCACCAGCUAUGAGUGUGGACAUCUCUAGGCAAGAUGGAAAUGAGCAACAAGCUCAUUCUGACGACCCGUUUGAAGAUUCAUUUGGUAGUCUCGAAGCUGCGAUGAUAGGUUUAGAUGAUUCCAUCAAUCUUCGAACUGGCCCCGCUGCCCCUAAUGCCCCAGCUACUCCCAAACUCAAUACAAGCUUCGCUAAUAAUGUGUUUGACUUUGCGGCAUUCAAUUCUGAGGAAGUCAAUGAACAACAAUUCUCUAGUCCAUUAAUGAAUCAGAUUCAAAGAAAACACCAAGAAGGAGAGAUGGAUGAGAUGGAUAUUGGUAUGCCAUCUAUAAAGCGUCAGCAAUCAAGUCCUUGGAUGAAAGAUUUUCAAAACGGUGAUGUGAUGGGAUAUGAUCAGUGGGGUGAAAAUGAGAACGAAGGUUAUGAUGGUCCGGUAUUACCUCAGAUGAAAAGAAGAAAAAUUGAUGGAGGAGAUGAGGAUGGGGAUCGUGGCGGUAUGGAAAGCAUUGGAAAAGAUCCGGAGGACGCUUUAAAAUCUACCAGUGGAAGUAGUGCACCAGCAUGGGCCAAUAAGACGGGUUCUGGAAUUAUGGGAUCGGAUAUAGGGAAUGGUGGAGAUGAUGAGCAGAAAGGGAAUCUGAAAGCCAAUGUCCGUCAAGAACCGGCUUGGGUGGGUGAGAUGGAUCCGGAUUUUAUUGAUAUGUUUAGGGGAUAUGUUGAUUUUGUUGAUUGAUUGAAGAGUUGCAUUAUCAUUAAGGAUGGACAUAUGGAUUGAAGAUAAUUCGAUGGGUUAUAUGAGGGGAUGAAUAGCUGGGCAUAUUUGGGAGAAGCAUAUGAAUGGAACUACCUAUCGCUAUAUUGCUGGACGAAUUGAAGAUAAAAGCA